UGACAAAUCAAAUUUAAGGAACUGGGCAAGAGAUUGAGAGGAGGGAUGUGGAGAGGUACAAAGAGUCUUCACUUGAUGAGUUAUAAUGGAGCAUUGAAGUGCCUUUGUUGUAGUCGUAGGAGUUACACCGGUGAAAUUGGGUAGACGAACAGAUUUGGAGUCGCUGGAGACGUCUGAGGCGAGUAGGCUAAAGAAAAGGAAGCUAUAAGUUAUACAAUGGACUCACUAUUUUGAUGGAUUUGGAUAGUUCGAGACCCAUCAUCUGAACAUUUGCGAUGACGUGGUAAUUUGAUUGGUGGGAAAUAUUUUGUCAUAUGUGGCAGUCCUAAGAAGCUUCAAAAUUAGUAGCUUUUAUAUAGUAGGAUAUAUGAUUUUAUACGCUUGUGUGUGUAUCAUCAACGGCCCAGACUAGUUUCUUAAAACGACAGCGUUUAGUAUAAUUAAACGACAGUUUAUUUAUCAGGCUUGACAGUAUAUUACAAAAUUGGCCCAAUAGAGUUAAAAUGUACGGUUCAGAUUUGUUUAUUACGCUUGUGUGCAUCAUCAACGGCCCAUAUUUGUUUUAACAAAACGACCCCGUUCCGCAAAACCAGCAUUGAGCAGCUUGACAGAGAGGGAGGUUUAUUACGCCGGCGAGAGCUAAGUUUCAGACCUCGACGAAGAAGAAGAAGAAGAAUAAAGACAACUUCUUUUAUCGACCAUGGCUAUGCAAUCCGGUAUUGGGUUAACGAGGAUUUUGAUUCUAGCUGGAGCAGGUUAUACAAGUACAAUCCUUGUGAAGAAUGGAAAAAUGGCGGAUCUUUUGGGGGAGCUACAGUCUUUGGUGAAGCGAUUUGAGGGGUCAGGAGAUCAUUCAGAUGACGAUUCUGAUGACAUGGCUACUCAGAUGCAACGGUUAGCUAUGGAGGUCCGGCAGAUGUCCUCAUCGCGGCAGAUAACUGUCAUGAAUGGAGGAGCUCAAGGAGCUGAUUUCACCCCGUUUAUAGUCCCGGCAGCGACACUAGGAGCUAUAGGUUAUGGCUACAUGUGGUACAAGGGUAUGUCGUUCUCUGACAUCAUGUGCGUAACAAAGCGGAGCAUGGAAGAGGCAGUCUCGAACUUGACUAAGCAUUUGGAUACUGUUUCUGAAGCUAUUUCUAAUGCUAAGAAGCACUUGACUGAGCGGCUUAAGAGGACGGACGAUAAGAUGGAAUUGCACAAGGAUCUCUUAAAGGGAGUCCAGGACAAUGUGGGUUUGGCUCUAGAGGAUCUUGCUAACAUUGGAGAUGAUUUUGACUCAAUGCAUAGCAUUUUCGGUGGUACGGGUGGAAAAUUAGAUAGUAUUGAGUACAAGCAGAAUAUUGCGAAUAUGGGUUUAAUGUAUCUAUGCGACUCUAUGGGAGGAGAAAGUCACAAGAUGCCGGAUAUUCUGAUGCAGGAGAAGCUUCGACUCUCUGGGAAGUUAAACACAUGUAUAGUCAUUACAAACGAAGAAACUUCAACCACAGAGGGUUUAAAAGAAAGCGAUAAGAUAGAGCUACUUGAAGGCUGAUUCAGAUGGUAUCAAAUAUCAUCAAGCCUUGAUGAUAUAAUAGAUGAUAGUAUAGGAUCUACGGAGACUAGGAGUAACUAUUAUGUACUGGUGUUUAAACUGAGUUGUCCUUUGGGGCAAUAAAGAAGAUUGAAUAACAAAAAGAAUAACAUUUUUCUAACAGCCAAAAGAAAUGAAGCCUAAUGAUUUAUCCC